AAGAAUUGAAAUGAAUUACAUUAUAAUGAAUUGAACGAUAAAUGUUUACUCCUCAUAUAUUAAAUAUUAGUUCAAAUAGCGGUAACUCUAGGCUGUUCUCUGCCACGAAGGGAAAGCUUUUACUUAAAUUUCAUUUAAAAGAUUUGUCCUUUUCUAUCUUAACAAUUAAUAGCUGAAUUUAAUUUCAUAAUGUCUGACUAUUUUUAACUGAAAUUCAUAGCGUCACUUGUGCAUCAACUUCCAUAAGGGUAAGACGCUGCCAUCCUUAAAUAAACUGCUGUCACUUUGGAUUGAAAGAACUGACAUACUACCUUUUAUUUCUUUUCGUUUCACUGAUAACUUACUGUUCUGGGAGCUACAUUGAUAUACAGUCCAUUCUAGAAAACCCAUCUCGGAAUUGUACAUGGUCCUUCGAACCGUCAGAGAAACCAAGAAGAUUUGUUUGGAAAAUUUUAGGACGUCGUCCACCGCUGUUAAAAUCUCAAUUUUUAAAUAAGUCUUCACCGCAAUGGAAAAAAGCAAAGCACUCUAUGUUCCAAAAUGCCGUAUCUGUCAAGAAAGACAUACACUGAGACACUGUUUGCGAUUCCAACAAAUGGAUAUCACUACACGCCGUCAAGAAGUAAAAAAUAAGAGAUUUUGCUACCGAUGCCUAUGCUCGUCUCAUACCCGAGAGUGGUGUGGGUCCAGGAUGGCUUGCCUUGUCUGCAACAAAAAUCACCAUACCAUGCUACACUUACAUGAUCGGCAAAAUAAACACAAACACUCUACUGAUUAUAGAUCGCAACGGGAGACCAAUAACAGAGUUCAUAGAAACUACCAAAAAAAGAAGUCAAACUCCCAAAAUUCUCCUCCAAGGUACACAACUACCGCCCCUCGCCAACAUUCUGAUAGCAAGUGCAAAGAAACUUCUAGACCACUUGUACGUGAAAGGUUGGAUCUAAGGUCUAGGAAACACGUUUUUCUUCCCACUGCAUUGGCUCGAGUAUUAACGAAUAGUGGUCCUGAGAAAGCGAGGCUUAUGUUGAACUCUGCUGGCUUACAGACGGUCAUUCUUAGGUCUAUGGUAAAUCGAUUGAAUCUCCGCACUACCAAGAAGAAUGGUGAAGUGUUUUGCACGGUCAGUUUGCAGUCCUAUCAGGACUCAGCUGCAAAAAUUCAAAUAUCGGGAAUCGUCAAAACCAAUUGCAACAUUACACUGCCUGAAUCGACGUCUGAAAAACGGUUACAAUCUGUUUAUGAUCACCUUACAGACUUGGCUGAUCCUCAUUUCUUUAAGCCAACGAACAUAGAAAUUUUUAUUGGGAACGAUCAAUUGUCAAAAAUUCUGCUUGCCGGUUUAAUUCAGACAUCGUCAUCGAUGCCAAUUGCACAAAGUUCAAUAUUUGGAUGGAUCAUCUCUGGGGCGUGUCUCUACUGAGGUUGCAGUCUUGCAAGGGGGCCGGCAUGUUGAAUGCCCAUUCAACAAUAACGUGUCGAUUCUGACAUUUUUAUCCAUAGUUUAAAUUAUUACUUAAAUUUAAUUAAAAGAAUUGAAAUGAAUUACAUUAUAAUGAAUUGAACGAUAAAUGUUUACUCCUCAUAUAUUAAAUAUUAGUUCAAAUAGCGGUAACUCUAGGCUGUUCUCUGCCACGAAGGGAAAGCUUUUACUUAAAUUUCAUUUAAAAGAUUUGUCCUUUUCUAUCUUAACAAUUAAUAGCUGAAUUUAAUUUCAUAAUGUCUGACUAUUUUUAACUGAAAUUCAUAGCGUCACUUGUGCAUCAACUUCCAUAAGGGUAAGACGCUGCCAUCCUUAAAUAAACUGCUGUCACUUUGGAUUGAAAGAACUGACAUACUACCUUUUAUUUCUUUUCGUUUCACUGAUAACUUACUGUUCUGGGAGCUACAUUGAUAUACAGUCCAUUC